UACCUCCUGCGAGCGCCUGCGGACAAGUUUCUUCCUGCAGCGUACGCACCGAGGAGUCAAGCAGCCAGAUAACAUUUUAUCAAAAUGUUUUAAAGAAUCGCUCAAUGUUCAGCUCAGUGUUUGCCGUCCUGCUAACUUGAGCACGGGAUAGUGUGGAUCGGCUAUUAGCAGGAAUAUUCGUUUUUACCGUUAAGUGUGGUUCAGGAUUGUUUGAACAUGGUUGUGGGCAAACCCGAAGAUAACGGCGAAUACAUCGAUGGUCGAUUUCGUGAACCUUCGUAUGAGACAAAAUGGGAAUCUUUCAAAAAAGCCAUUUACAAUCCAAGUACAAAUGCAGUUUUUGGAAGAACCGGUAAAAGUUGGGCUCAACUAUUAUUAUUCUAUGCCAUUUUCUAUGUGAUAUUAGCCGCUCUAUUCGCAAUUUGCAUGCAAGGCUUGUUCGCCACUCUCAACGAUAAAGAGCCCACAUGGACUCUGGAUAAAAGCUGGAUCGGAACGAAUCCUGGUUUAGGGGUGCGACCGGUUUCUAACCGAUUCGAAGAAGGUUCACUGAUCUGGUACAAUAUGACCAAUCAGACCCAAAUCGGCAAAUGGGUUCACUUGAUCAACGACUUUUUAGCACCAUAUAAUGCCAGUCAAACAGGAACAAACUACGUGAAUUGCGACUUUGAUAAACCGCCUGGAGAAGGACAAGUUUGCGCAACCGAUUUAUCAAAGCUGGGCAAUUGUAAUCAUGGUCGUGCUUAUGGCUACAACAGCUCAUCACCCUGUAUAUUUUUGAAAUUGAAUCGGAUUAUUGGAUGGGAACCGGAGUAUUAUACAACGGCGCAGGCUGAUAUGCCGGAUGAGUUGAAAAUUCACAUUCAAAAUAAUACAAGCAGCGAGCUCGAAAAAAAGCAAGUGUGGGUGUCUUGUCAAGGAGUGGACACCAUCGAUCGGCAACACGUCAAGGAAUUCCGUUAUUAUCCACAAGGAUUUGCCAGCUAUUAUUAUCCCUAUAGGAAUUAUCCAAAUUAUUUGAGCCCAAUCGUCGCGGUGGAGGUUAUCAAUUUAACUCCUAAUGUUAUCAUCAGUAUUGAAUGCAGAGCCUGGGCAAAAAAUAUCAUAUACAGAGGCGGGGUUCUGAACAGAGCCGGAUCGAUUCAAUUUGAGAUGCAAGUGGACGCAGCAACUGAAUCGCAUAAAUAAAGUGUCUCAAGUUAACAACAGUAUGGCUUCAGUACUUAUUUUUAUACUUUGUUUUUGUCGUAUUUACUUAGGUCAGUGUAGGUUGUGCCUUAUACUAUUUAAUCACUUAUUCUGCUAGAUACUUAUUAUUUUCUUAAUGUAGGAAUGAUGCAAGAGCGCGUGUCCAAAGCUUUAAACUCGGGCCUUAUCUGUAUGUAUGUUUGUUUUCGAUAAAUAUAAAGUGUUUAAUAUUUAUGUGCCUUGGUAUUGUAAGUCUACAAACUAAUUUGUCGGAUCAAAUAGUAAAUUAUUCAUAUGUAUUUUUUAAAACGUUCUAAUAUAAUUUUGAUAAUGAUAUGUAACUAUACGUUUAACUACAAAAUUACUAUACCUAUACUAGAAAAAGUGUGCGCUUUUGAAAAUGGUAGUAGGUACAUUCAUUCGAACAAAUCUUAAUACAUACUUAUAGAUAUAUAGAACUAACCAUGUCAUGUGUUCUCUUUUGUUGUGAUAUAGACUAGAAACUUGUAGCUUAUUAACUUAAAAUUUAAGUUGAUGUUUUCAACCUAAAUUUAAUUAACUAUUCCUUUGAACUACUAUAAUAAAACGCAUUUGGAAUCGGCCUCACGAAUCGACUAUUUCAAUAUAUUUCUCUUGGUAGAAUUAGUCAGACAACAUAACAAACCGACAAGUUUGUGCCUUGGAAAUGAAAAGAAAAUAUUUUCUAAAUAAGACCAACACAAAAGAGACACAUAUUGAAAUGGUCAUUUUAUACUAGACAUAAGUAAAGGUACAAAAUCAAUUUUGUUUGUUUGAAAUUUUCGUUUUAUAUUAAUUAUUUUGAAAUAAACUGAUGACUUUUCUGAUAUAUUUUA